AUGCCAACCGGAAUGUCCGAUUUAAGCAGGAAACACGCUGUCGUCCUGUCUUUCGGACUAGGAAUAGCCUCCACCAUUGCCUCGAAUUUUAUCCUCACUCGCGUUUCCACUCGCGAGUUGUCUCAAAGUGCCCAUGAGAGAAGUAGAAAGAGGACCGAAGAUAACGCAGGUGACGAGCAUCAAAAGGACCGUUCAAGAAGCCGCAGCAGUGAAUCGACGAUUCGCCAACAUGAAGGCCUGGAUAUAUCUUGUACAUGUCUACCAGUCGGUUCCGAGAAGAUCAACUUCCAAGAAGUCAAAGAGAUCAUUUCAGCAUUUGAAGAGGCAGGCGAAACUGACUGUAAUGGAUCUCAACGACGCGUAUAUCGGAACAUGAUAAUCGGAAGGUUCCGUUCGGGUAUCGAGAAAUUGUCUUGUGAGACACUCCAAGAGAUUUACGAAAGCAUCAUUGAGAAGACUUGCCAGAAGAACGGAGCACGAAUAAGCAAAUCGCAGUGA